CUCACUGCAGAUACUAACAGCUGCUGCACUUACUCCGCUUCUCACACGGCUUUGUUGGUCGCUGGUCUUUGUUUGGACUAUUUUAUCUGCGGAAACCUACCGACAAUUCAUCCCACCUGAAGAUCUACAGUACUGAAUAUCGUCAUUCUAAGACACAACAAUGCAGGAGCAGCUGAUUUCCAGCCUUUCAUCUGAAGACUCAAGUCUCCCAUCCACUCCAACAUCUGACGCUCCAUCCAAACGCUUGUCCUGGAGCAACCUGAUGCAGAAACUGCACAGCAGCCAAAGCCUGGACUCCGAUUCAGACAAUCACAGCAGCACAGACGACGCAUCUGAUGCAGGUUCCAUAUCCCUAGCCGAUCUGUCCGAAUCAGACUUAUUUUUUGACCCGACCGAAGAGGUGUUGUGCAAAGAAGUGGUGCAGCUCAUCGCACUUAACCUGACCGAUGCCAAAGACGGCGUCUUGCACUGCUCCAAGCUGCUGAUUCCCGAGACGCUCCUGGAGCACAUCGGCCAGGAGCUGGUGCACCUGUCGGUCAGCGAGCCCUGCGGCCUUCGCGGUGCCCUCGUUGACCUUUGCGUGGAGCAGGAUGGCAGCUGCGAAGCUGUGGGACAGAUCUCCGUCGACCCGUAUCUAGUGCCCACCUUCCAGCUCACACUCGUGCUGAGGCUCGACUCCCAGGGCUUUUGGCCGAAACUCCAGGGGCUUUUCGCUGGCAGAUCGCCUUCGUCUCCGGUUGUUAGACGUGCACUUAAACUGAGCACUGGAUUUAGAGUUAUUAAAAGAAAACUGUACAGCUCCGAAGAGCUUUUGAUUGAAGAAUGCUGAGACGGAGAUGUCAUGAACUUUUACUAGGUUUUAAAAUGAAGCUGUUUGGUCUCGUGAGAGGCCUGAUUGUUGUUUAAAGCAGUGAAUUACCAACUCGCAGGGCAUUUGUAAUGCAGAUGUAGGGUGUAUAAAAAAGACUUUGUAAUA